AUGGGAUUCUUUACUAUCGGCAAGAAAAAGCACCCGAAGGAAGUGCAUAAAGAGCAGAGCAAGGGAGCUGCGGGGAAGCGCUCGGGGCGCUCGAUCGAAACUGCAGCAGCACGCGCGCCUGCAGCUGUUCCCGUUCACGGGUUGCAAGGAUCGAAAAGUGGGGAUGCGGCUCCGGUGCGUGCACGACAGGUGGCGCGCGCCGACGUUGGUGGGCGAAAACCCGGUGAGACUUCUCAACCGGCCAAAGCCGGGCAGCGCCUCCUUCAGCAGCAGGCGUCUCAACGUCCCAGCGAGCAGUCUAUACCAGUUGCCAGCGUCAAGGGGGCGGUAGGGGCGUCGGGCUCUGCUCGCCGUCGCUCGCUGGUGCCGCGUCAGGUUCCGACGAGUGUGCGGGCUGCGGCGGAGGAGGCCAGUGCGCGAGCCGACGCCGACGCUGGGCACCGGAGAACGGACUCAGCAUCAUCCAGCAGUAUUGGAAACGGCUGCAGCUCGAACACGCCUGUGGAGAACUGGGCAGCUCCGCAAGCCGAGGUCCAGCUGCUGCGAGUGGCACGAAUCGCUGCUCGGAGCGAUGAGGCACGUCGAAAGCUCGUCGAGCGCGAGGCGAUCCCGUUCCUGGUGUCGGCGCUGCGUGACGCGAAGACUUCUGAUCUAGGCAAGUCGCAUGCAGCCUUUGCGCUGGCGGAGCUGUCGGUACUGGAAGAGCUUGAAGAAAAGCUGGUGCGUGCCGACGCACCAUCUGCACUCAUUGGAUUUGUGCGUUCCGUGAUUCCAGAGCUUGCCACUGCAACCCGCACCACAACGUCUUUGGUAGAGUGCGGAGCGAGCGCUGCGCUCGGGGUGCUACUCUCCACAUUGGCCUCAGCGACACGCGCGCUCCGGAAUCUCACGGCUGGGAGUCCGCGCACUGCCGAAGGAAUGGUCCGUUUGGGCGUUAUCCCCGCGCUCGUGCAGGUGUUAUCCGCCCCCCAGGUCCUGGUCGAACAUGAAAUCAUGCAGGGCGCGAUGGUUGAAGCGACCGGAGCCUUCGGAAACAUCGCCCAGGAGCCACCGUGCGCACUCGCACUGGUGAAGGCCAAGUGCAUCAAGGCGAUUCUUCGACACAUUGAUGCCUUCCGCAAGCCAGCAGAGCGAGCCGAGUUCAACUUCCAUGUUGCCAGCAUUAUUGCCGAGUUAUCGCUUCAGAGCGGUGCUGUCCACGACUACUUGAUAGAUAUCGGGGUGUUUCCCGCACUUGCCAGGCUCAUCGCGUCCGAACUUGCGAGCGGUCAGCUUUGGCACGAGUUCGACCGUGCCCCCUCUGCAGACCAUUCGCACGUCUUCCGUGCUAGCGACACCAUUGCCGAAGCGUGUCGAGCGUUUGGCAACUUGGGUGCAACCGCACGCGGUCGUGCAGCUGCCCGUAACUGGCCCCUCGUCACGCAAACGCUCUGUCGUUUCAUCGAGCAGUGCGAGCAGCGACAGGCUACGCACUAUUUCGAGUCUGCGUCCACAAACCCCCUGGCAGACGCUUGCAGGGCGCUGGCGAACCUGUGUCUCGAGGCUGCGACCGCUCGCGUUGCUGCCUCUCUGAGCGUUGACCUGCCCCUGCUGUCGAUACUGGAGCUUGCGAAACCCGCCGGGGAGCUCAGCUCCGAGACUCGCCGUGCACUCAUCGUUCUUGCCCGUGCGGGCAGCGAUAUUCGACAAACACUCCUGACGCACCUGCGUCAGUGCUCGAUACGAAGCGUUCAGAGUGGACGCUCUGAGGCAGCACUCAUCGACCUGCGAUCUGCGCUUGUCCGGAGCGCACCCGAGGGGCAACGCUCAAAGAGCAACAACCUUGCCUCGGUAGCUGUGGAAGGACAGGUCUCUGCGCUAGCACCGCUAUCACUCAAAUGUAGACCACUGCGGCCGUCCGUUGGUGCAUUCCAGUCGACCGGUCGAACGGUGACCAUGCGACCGCUAGCGAAUGCCCAGAAAGAUCAUUUCUACACCGUAGAUACCUUUGAGCUGGGCCAGGUUCUCGGUCGCGGUGGUUACGGUGUCGUCUACAUGGCACGCAACGUUCGAACCAACGAAAUCGUGGCCAUCAAAUCGUUCCACGCGGUGGAUAGCGGCCAGACGCUCUACACCGUGGAUCCGAGGGCCUUCAAGGAGCAGCGUCUGUGGCAACGUUUACGGCACGAGAACAUUGUCGAGUACAAGGGGUCAUUUAUCGGCGAGAAGGGCGAUCUGAACCUCGUGAUUGAAUAUGUGGACGGGUGGUCGCUCGCAGAACACUUGGCCCAGUUCAACGAGUUCCACGAGCCGCUGGUACGCGAAAUCACGCGUCAGGUGCUGCACGGUCUGCGAUACCUGCAUUCCCACGGGGUCACGCAUCGCGACCUGAAACCGGGAAAUAUCAUGGUGAACCAGAACGGAAUGGUGAAAAUUACCGACUUCGGCGUGAGUUCAUGUGUUGAUCUGCAGACUGCCGGCAGCGGACACACCAUGGUCGGAACGCCCUGGUACAUUGCACCGGAAAUGAUUGAAGGACGACCCUAUGAUCACAGCGUGGAUAUCUGGAGUCUCGGGUGCACGGUGCUGGAGCUCGCCACCGGUCGCAGACCGUAUCACACGCUCAAUGCCAUGGCAGCACUUUUUCGAAUGGUCCAAGAUCGCAUGCCACCAAUACCCCCGAACCUAUCCGCUGAGUGCGCCUCCUUUCUCAAAGCGUGUUGGGUAUGGGAACCAUCCAAGCGUCCGAGUGCUGCGGACCUCUUGAAGCAUCCGUUUGUGCGCUUGGAAGUGACGAGCAACAGCGCCGCUCGAGUCUGA